CUUUUUCUCUCCCUGUUAGCUUCUUCUUCCCCUGGGGUUGCACUUUGCAUUCGACCGGCACAGUUCUUCUGUUCUUCCUUAAUUUCUUUCUUUCAAUUUUUCAUUCAUUCUUUCCGGUUCUCUUUCUUUCAUAGAAGGGUACCAAUCGUCGUCCGUCGUAGCACACUUCUUGCAUGAUUUUUGUUCCGCAGCGGCCGGCGCCCAAAACUUCCCCAUCCGCCGCCAAUCACCCACCGCCCACCUCUCUGGCCUCCACCGCCUGUCGCCCACAACUACAGUUCGAUCUGUGUCGCCGAUUGCCCUUCGUCCGCAAAUUCCCCAACCACCUCUGCCCAUCGCCUUCAUCUUCCUCAACCCGCCAACAGCCUCCAACCGCCGUCCGUCUCCCACAUCAUCCCCAACUAUCGUCGCCUUCAGCCCGUCUCCCUCAUCUUUGUGAACCUCCGCCGCCCGCUGCCUUUCAAAAGAAAUAGAGUCUGGAUUUAGGAAGAAACGAAUUUCAGGAGUAGUUUGCGUCGAAGCAGGAGAAGAAAAUGAACGAGUGAAGAAGAAAGAGAGAAUGAAAAAAGAAAAGGAAAAUAAAAUGAAUAAUUAAAAAUAUGAACGGUAAAAGAGUCAAUUAGACUUCCAUGUAAGCCAGAGAAGGGUUACCGGAUGAUUACCGAGUAAAUAGCCAAUUUGAUGUAUUUUUAACAGUUUGUGGACUUGAUUGAUUCAUUUUAAAGUGCAUGGAUUUAAUUGACUUUUGUGAAAGUAGAUGGAUUUAUUUGGUGUUUAAGCACUACUAAAUAGUACUCCAUACAUAUCAAAUACAUGGGAUGGUUUUUCCCAUCCCCAGUAGUGGUGGAAUGAAUGGAUUCAUUUGGUUAUCUGAAAGAAAUGGACUGAAAAAUGCGGUUCCUUCCCCAAUCCGUGCUUUGAAUGAUAUUACUAACAAUCAAGUUUUGUAAGUUCUCAGUCUCACAUUCUAACCCUUCCUUCUAAUACAUUUAGUUCUAGCCCAUUAAGUUUUACUAUGUAAUGAUUCUUCUUUUCCCACGAAUGUUGCCUUUCUUAAUCCUCCUCAUAAGCAUAUUCUGAAACUUCUUGAAGGAGUAGUUAUACCUAGAAAUGUAAAACCAUUCAUUCUAGCGGUUCUUGUUCAGGUACUCCGGACGGUGAUAUCUGUAAAUGCAACACAUCCCGGACAGAUAGCUCAAUUAGUAGAUAAGGGUGACACAAAUGGUAAAUUUCAUGUUUGCAUUUUGAAAACUGCGGCGAUACAUUAAUAUGUAAAAAUGCAUAAGACCCACUCGUUAUAUGUGAGCUUCUUAUUAAAAUUCAAUUUACAUCUUUUUAAUUAACUUCCGCUAGUGUUGCAGAUUAGGUGUCGCCCUUUGUUUAUAAAUAGAACACCAGAUCAACAUUUCAAGGGCCAUCUAUCCAUUAGUCGAUCAUGAGCUAUAAUUAUAAGUAUUUCCUCGCUUUGGUUCUUCAACAGCAGGCGGCCUUGCCAUGGCUGCUGGCCGCCAUAGCCUUUCUCUUCAUAAUAAAUCAAAGACGGGCACGAAAAGGGAAAACUCCGCCGGGUCCAAAGCCAUGGCCAAUCAUAGGAAACUUGAACCUCCUCGGCUCCAUCCCACACCAAUCCUUAGACUCUCUGUCCCAAAAGUACGGAGAGCUGAUGCUAAUAAACUUCGGUUCCACCCCUGUUUUAGUCGCCUCCUCUCCCAAAACUGCCAAACUGGUCCUGAAAACGCACGACGCCGUUUUUGCCUCUCGCCGCACAUCCGCGGCAGCUGCGCGCCUUUUUGACGGCGGCGAACUGUUCUGGUCUUCUUACGGGCCCUGGCUCCGCCAGGGCCGGAGGAUUCUAAUCUCUGAACUCAUCGCGCCUCCGAAGCUUGACUCGCUCGAGCACGUCCGGGUUGAGGAAAGAAUGGCUCUUAUGUCUCGACUUUACGCGGCGGCGGUGGCGACUACGCCGGUCCUGCUUCGAGACCAUCUGUCAAAACUGACGUAUUCCAUUUCAGGAAGGCUACUUUCAGAUCACAAGAAAUGUUUCAAAACAGGGGACGGGAGGGAAUUGAGAACUACGCCGAUCGAUAUGAAGAGGCUGAGUGAGCUUGUGGAUGAAUGGUUUCGACUCGACGCGUUGGUCAUCAAUCUCGGGGAUUGGGUUCCAUGGCUGCGCCGCUUUGACCUGCAAGGCUAUGAGAAAAGAGUGAAAGGUUUUAGCGAGGAGUACGAGCAGUUUCUGGAGCCGGUGAUAGAGGAGCACAGGGCGGUGAUGAAAGCCGCCGGGAAGGAUUUUGUGCCCAAUGGAUUGAUUGAUGGUCUUCUACAGCGAGCAGAUGGUCCAAAUGUUGAAGAGUCAGAGGUUGCCCUCACCCGUCAUCGCAUCAUGGCCUUAAUACAUGAUGUUGUUGCUGGGGGAACAGAUACAUCAACGGGAUUAGUGGAAUGGGCUUUUCAAGAAAUGGUUAAGAAACCAAAUGUAAUGGAAAAGGCCAAAGAAGAGCUCGACAGAGCUAUUGGGAGGGAGAGAUGGGUGGAAGAAAAUGACAUUUCACACUUACCAUACAUUGACUCCAUCAUCAAGGAAACAUUCAGGUUGCAUCCACUGGGCACACUGCUUCCACAUUAUUCCAUGGAAGAUUGCAACCUCGACGGUUACGAGGUAACAAAAGGGACUCUUGUUGUGGUUAAUGUUUGGUCUAUUGGAAGGAACCCAAAGUAUUGGGAGAGAGCUGAGCAGUUCUUACCAGAGAGGUUUUUGGGGAGUGAUAUUGACAUAAAAGGAAAAGAUUUUUCAUUGUUGCCAUUUGGAUCAGGCAGGAGAAUGUGCCCUGGCUACAGCCUGGGAUUAAAGGUUGUGCAGGCAACGUUGGCAAAUUUGUUGCAUGGGUUUAGUUGGAAAUUGCCUGGAGAUAUGAAGCCAGGAGAUGUUUCGAUGGAGGAGGCUUAUGGAUUGAGUACUCACCCUAAAUUCCCACUUUCUUACCUCAUUGAACCAAGGCUUCCUACCCAUCUCUACUAAGUCUUUGUAUUGUGUUAUUGAUCGAAUAAACUUUAUAAUAAGAUGAGGAGAAUUGAAUGUAACAAUUCAAACUAUCAAUAAUGUUAACUCUUGUAUUUUUCCUUGGUUAGGUAAACCAAUGAUUAAAAUUAAACUUGAUCGAUAAAAAUCUUUUCUUCCAUUAAUUGAUACAUCAAUUAUAUUAAGAUAUACAUGUUCCUUUUUUUU